CCUCUACACUCGUCUUCUGCCAUGGCCUCUCGACGACUUGCUAUCUCUUCGUUACUAUGCGCCGAUGAUCAGCCCAAUUAUCCUCCGCCGUCCGGGUAUGCCCAACGCCAUUCUGCGUCGCCACUCUCACCCUCACAUACCUCGGCACCGUCCAGUCUCCAGCCUGUCACUCCGGCUGAGGAGUUGAUUGGUGACCGCCCGAAGGGCACGUUGGAUGUUACCUCUGCGUCGAUCGCUAGUCAUGAGAGCCCCAGCCGCGACGUCGUCCCUUUGUCACUACAACCAGUGCAACUCAGGAGACAUACUCCCCCUUCCGAUGACGAGGCGAGGCUUUCUCGACUACAACCGCGUACGGACCACGACCCUCACGUUCCUAAACACAUCGAAGGCUCAACAGAUGCUGUCAGGCGGUCAUCUCCUAUACCUCAUCACUACGAGCUUUCAAGCUAUCAUAGCCGGGGACCCCACCCGCUGGCCGAGGAGUCGAGCCAUGACUUCGCCGGUCAUCCACCCGAGUUGUCCCAUGACCUCUUUGCGAAAAGUGCUUCACACGGCAACUCGCAUCCUUCCGCACGACCGUCAUCUUCCCGGAGUACACAGUCGGAUUCACUGUCCCAUCCUCACUCCUACGCAAAGCCAAGUCCUUACCUGCGAGCGUCGCACUCUCCCUCGCACUCCUCGCCGUCUUCGUAUAGUCUGCCUCUGCCUCAGCGCCAGAGCUCACAUUCCCCUGUGCUCUCUGUUCGCGCUUCACCUGUCAACUACUUCCAGCCCGUAGGCCAGACACACUCCAUAUACGCUGGCGUUACAUCACACCAUCAGUCCGGGUCGUCUUCCAUCCGCAGUCCCGUGCUUACAGGCCCCGGUAUGUCCCCAAGCCAUUUUUCAAGUCAGCAACUAGAACCAGUUAGGACGCUUCAGACACAUUCCACCCACCAAAUGAUUCCUCAGCUCGUGGAUCAAAGCUUUGGUGUACGCACUGCGCUGGCCUCAACACCGAAGGUAGCGACAGCUGCGUCGCCGACGACACGGUCGGGAGAGGGUUUGGCUGGAUUGGAGGCACUCGCGCAGGUUGCAACUGAAGAACGCAGCAGGUUGAGCGGAGAAGCAACGAGCUCGAAUCAGGUCGGAGGACGAAUCAGCCCAGUCAUAAGCAGGAGUCCAGUGUCCGCGCGGACCGUGACACAAUCUCCAGUCAUCCCGCAGCCAGAACUCAAGUCAUCAUCGCCAACUUCCUCGCGUGAGGCUCUUGACCUGUGCGGACACAGCUUAAGCGUCACAACAGAGGAAUUGUCAUCCACUUCUGACAUUCCUUGUACGGACGGGGAGCCCCCUCGGAAGAAACAUAGAAAGUCUGGCGCAUACAGUCCCCGCUCUUCUGCUGUAGAACUAUCACCGGUUGUGCUUUGCGAACCUGUUGUCCCUUUGAUGGACAACCCACUCCCCGUCUCGUCUCCCAGUGCCCUGCGCAGUGCAGGAGGACCUCUGAAGCAGAAUACUGGCAUUCACAGUGGUCGACUCGGUGGCCAUCUCGUGACCGAGACUUCAACGGGUCGCGCGACGUUUGUGGACGACCCAUCCGUAGGUGAGGAACAUCCACAUCAGGCGGCAAUUCCUUUACCGUCGGACGGUGGGCGUGAUAACAAUGUCACUGGUAGUCAUGAGGCUCAAGAGAAGAAAGAAAAGAAGAGACGUGAGAGGCCGCCACCAAGGACGGCUGCGCAUUCCGCAUCGAAGGAUCAUGGGAAGCGCGUCACCGUUCAUGAGGAGAACGCAUCCCGUGAGGAGGAUCCCCAUGAUUGGCUCCUCGAGCAGUAUUCCGCUGCAUCACCUUCAGGAACGACCGCGCAAGUCACUCGCACUGACGAACAGACAUCUCAGUUACAUUCUUCGCAUGGCGCCAGCGGUGCAAUGGAUGAGCUUGCGAUGCGUCAUAGCUCAGGAAGGGAUGCGUCUCGUUCCCCCGAUAAACCAAUGAGGAACCCAACUAGGACACCGACACCCUCGGCUCUCCUUGAGGAGGAGUUAGAUGAAAUCAUUCAUUCGCAUCAGCCAAGUAGGAAUGAUGUGGCGCGCGAUGUUGACAUGGAGUUCGAUGUUGCUGCCAGUGUCUCCUCCGCUCAUGCCAAAGAGAUGGAUGAUCUGAUGGACAUCGAUGUCGAUAAUGAGCUUCUGAGUCUUCUGGACGACCAGCCACAUGAAUCGUACUCGUCGCGUCACAAACGCUCUCAACAGAUUUAUAAGCGGUCGAAGUCCUCACAUUCGAGCAGUGCGGUGAUCGUCGCAUAUCCAGACCGCUUGUUUCCUGACGGGCUUUCUGCCGAUGAUCGCGAUUCUAUGCCGCCUCCUGCAUCGCCAAGCAAAGACGAAUCGAAAGGUACUUUCGAAAGCAUGAGUGCGGCCCCAACCCACAAGAAGAAGGAUGCUUUACUGAAGCCUGCGCCGAAGUCCAAGGCACCACCGAAGUCGAAGGAAAAGUCGACGACCAAGGCAAAGCCAAAGAACAAUAAAGAUGCUGUGGGGACUGCUGUACCUGGGUAUCUCGCUCCGUCGGUGUCCACAACCUCGUUGAAGAGCAAGAAGACUCCAGGUCCAAGUAAUGCAGGGGUCAAGCGGACUGGUUCUUAUGCUGCGGGGCCGUCUCGCUCGCGAUCCACGUCGAUCAUGCCAGGUGGCUCUGUGGGACCCGACACCGACAAUAAGGGCCAGUCAAAUGAAGUAGAAGAGAAGGACUCAGAGCGGGACGAUAAGCUGUAUUGUAUCUGUAAAACCGGCUAUGACGAAGACAGGGUCAUGAUUGCGUGUGAUAGAUGCGAUGAAUGGUAUCACACCCAGUGUGUCAACAUGCCUGACCUGGAAGUAGACCUCGUUGACCAAUUCAUUUGCCCCAUUUGCGUGGAAAACAACCCUGGCCUGAAUCUCAAAACGACCUACAAGCGUCGUUGCUUGUACGGCCUUGAGCAUCCGGAUCCGACCUCCGCAAGUGCAUGCCAUAAGCCCGCCCGGGGCAUAUUCUCUAAAUUCUGUUCCGAUGAAUGCGGCAUUCUGUGUAUGCAGUCUCGUAUGAAUGGCUGGCAAGGGGAUAAACACAGAUUGUGGGAGAGCGUAAAGGAGUCGCAAAAGCGCGAGGGUGUUGUGGUGCGCGUCCUAGAUGACACAUGUGCCAGGACGAAGCCAGACCGUAGAGGGCAAGACAAGAGCCCGAGGGACCAGGAUCUUUCGUUGGAAGUCGUGCAAGCUUCUGUCAUGAAGGGCGAACGUGAAAUCGCCCGUCUUCAUGGUCAAUUGCAUAAGAUUGCCAAGAGGCGGGAUGAGCUGAAGAAGGACAUGGAAGUGGUGCUAUGGCGAGAGAAGUUGGUACGAUUGGCAAGCGAGCGCGCAGACGGUCUAGACGAAUGUGGCUGGGAUCAGCGUCUUUGUUUCGACGAGGAAGAGUAUGCCGAGUUUGGAGCUGAUGCCUUGGACAGUUACAAAGAAGCUGUUCGGAGGGCCGAUGAAGAUGACGCAGAUGCAAUAGCCCAUGACAAUAUGCAAGCAGAGCACGGAGAAUGGUGGUGUAAGGGGAAGAAGAAGUGCGAUCGACACGCAGGAUGGCAAAAAAUGCGGCUCGCUGAGAUUGAAUAUGAACGUGAGGUCCAGGAGAAAGCGCUAUCAAGGCUCACGGCUGAAGAACGUGAGAUACGGAAGAAGAUAGAAGAUGGUAUGGACGUAGGGGCGCGAGGAGCCCAGAUGGCUUCUCCCACGACUCCUUUGCAGCCUCUGAACGGUGCGGCCACCGUCAAUGGGCAUCCUCAAGUGCAGACAAAUGGCGAUGCUGUCAAGAAGGGCAAGAAAAAGAAACAUUAAGCUACCGUCUUGCUGCCUGCGUCUGAUUCCCUUGUGCAUGCAUCAUUGUUCGUGUACCAUCAAGUCAGCUUAAAGAUGUACAGAUGAUGAUUCAAUGUGCGCUCUGUUACUGUAGCCAGAAUUAAUAUUAUGGAGGGAAAGGCAGCGCAAUACGAAAAUGAAGAUGGCUCUGGCGUAAUGAAUCUGCCAACAUUGAGCCCAUCUCUGUAAGAGUACGAGAAAGGUCUGGAGAUAUGUUACUCGGAUACUCAGUAUCCGUCUCCUUCACC